AUGUGGUUUUUUAUUAGGCAUGCAGAAUCAGCAAACAAUGCAACCAAUAACAAUGAUUCCACAGAUUCAGGGGAGAAAUAUAAUGAUGAAAGAGUUCCAGAUCCAUCAUUAACAGAGCUAGGGUAUAUACAGGCAGAGAAGACUGGGUUGUAUUUAGCUUCGAAAAGUGUCAAAGUAUGGAAACAGGAGAGGGAGGACCAGAAGUCAAUGAGUUUAGAAAAUCCAAAUUUUAAGGCAAUUUAUUGUUCUCCAAUGCAAAGGUCACUAGAGACAGCGGAUAAAAUACAGAAAAUUUUGGGUGUUCCAGUAUUUGUGAAUCCAGAUCUAUGUGAAGUUGGAGGGGUUUUUAGAGGUAAAAGGCAUACAAAUAGUCCCAGAGAGUCUAAAGAGGUUUGUAGCGGGAAGAAGAGGAGUGUGAUAAUGAAGGAAUUCCCAAAUUUCCAAUUAGAUGAAAGGAUCACGGAACAAGGGUGGUGGGGGAAACCUCAGGAAACCUUCAAAGAGGCUUCUGAGAGAGCAAAGAAAGUAGCAGAGUUAUUAUGGGAAAUCAGCUACGAAGAUUUAAAAAAGACAGGCACCGAAUAUCAAGGAAACACUAAUAUAUUAAUCAGCCAUGGGCUUUUUCAAGAUAUGCUCAUGAAAAGGCUUUUUAUGCAAAGAAAUCCUGUUCCCACUUUAGAAGAAUCAGCAAUAUUUCCUUGUGAAAACUGCGCAAUUAGCCAGAUUGCACUGUAUGACCACACGAUUAGACAAUUUGAAAACAUUAGUGAGGAAAACACUCAACACUGCCAUCAUAAAAGCCAAAAUAAACAGGAUCCGAGACGUGUAUGUAUUUGUAUUAAGUGGAACUCGUCACAUCAUCUCGAGGAUUGCGAAAGAACUACUACCAGAACUUACCCAAAUUCCAAGUAUACUCACCAAAGUGCAAAUAGUAGUAGUAACAGUUCAUGA